GAAACAAGAGCCACAAGCUGGAAGUACGUACAUGGCAGCGUUGGGAUUCAGACAGCGUUUUCAGCUUCCUUAAUGGUUGUAAGUUGUUUUCCGUAGUUACAUUAUAUCUCAUUUUUUUGCCCGAUAACUAUCAAGGGACGUUUUAUUCAUCCUGGCGUUGAAAACAAAAGAAGAGGAUUGAGUAACUUUACGAGCUCCCUUUACCGUCAAGGAAAUGUAGACUUAUCCCGAACCAGGAUGGUUUGGGGGUAGUUAUGUGGAGUCUAAGUUGGAACUGGAGCACUUUCCGAAAGGAUAAAAGCGGGAUACGUAGUUGAAAAAGUUUCCCUUGUUCUCCGUGAUAGAACAAGGCGGUGACUCUGUUGUGUGACCGGAGAACAAUCUUUACGCACAGCCUGCGCCGACAGAUUUGUAAAAAUCCAAGAUGCGCCCGUUGAGCACGUCGUGCGGAUGUAACCACGGAGAAAAGAGAGGGAGAAAUCUGAAUUGUGGAAUGAUUUGUGUACUGUUGCUCCUCUCUUUCACCCUGCACUGUCACGGCUGUCCGGACGAGUGUUUGUGCGUCUCACAAACUGUAAAAUGCCAAAACCAGGACUUGAACGCCAUUCCGCAUUCUUUACCGAACAACACCAAAAUCCUAUUCGUCACAGGGAACCACAUUUCCGGUGUUAGUGUGGACUCCUUUCCAACACGCCUGGAAUUGUUAACAGAUCUCUAUCUGAGUGGGAAUGAGAUAGAGUACGUAGAUGCUAAGGCAUUUGACAACUUGCCAAACCUCGUGCGGCUAGAUCUGAGCAACAACAAUCUCCAGAAUUUCAAUGACAGUGCUUUUCCCAGUGAUAAUAAACUGCAUGUCUUGAACUUCAGUACUUCUAUUCAGAAUCAUACCUUUAUGGAUGCAGUUCUAAGCUUCCUACAGAGGGGAAACCUCCAUCAGCUGACUACUCUGGACUUGUCAAACAACGACCUUGUGAUCCUCCCAGAUGACAUUUUCUCUAGCCUCUCUCACCUGGUCACUCUCAGCCUGCAGAACAGUUCCAUGAUCUCCAUUCCAAACGGAACCCUGAAGGUGCCUUCACUGCGUGACCUUGACCUGAGGGACAACAGCCUGAGGGACCUGCCUACCACCAUCCUGGCACAGUUCAACACCAAGCCUGGACUCCGCAUCCGGUUGGCGGGAAACCCCUGGCGGUGCGACUGCUUGAUCGAGGACAUGCUGUUCUGGCUGAAAAACACCACCCAGAUCAUCGACAGGCAGGACCUGACAUGUGCAGACCCCGAGGCCCUGAGGCGGCGGGCACUCCUGCAUUUAGAGGUGACACAGCUGAAGUGUUCAGGUGACAUGGAAAGUGUGCUGGAGACUUCUUAUGUUUUUCUGGGGCUAGUUCUGGCCCUAAUCGGUGUCAUAUUCCUGCUUGUGCUCUACCUGAACAGAAAAGGUAUCAAGCGGUGGAUGUAUAACAUUCGGGAUGCUUGUAGGGACCACAUGGAGGGGUACCAUUACAGGUACGAGAUAAACUCUGACCCACGUUUGGCCAACCUGAGCAUCAAUUCAGACGUGUGAGCGAGGGCAGGACAGUGUCAUGGACCUCACAGUGAGAUAUUUAAUGACUUGUACUGUUAAGAGUUGCAUGAAAGUCUUCCUCCCCUGCCCCCUUUUGCUCUUUGAUGCUGUACAGAUUUGACAUCUGUCAUGGCUUCUUAUUGUCCCCGCUCACAACCUCCAUUCAACCACUGCCGCAUGUCUUAUAAAAGUACCUGGCAGCUGUGUGUCAACUGCCUGUCUUCCGUGUUGCACUGCAUGGACAAUGAAUUCUGGUAAAGGGUUCUUUUGGAGCGCUGAAGAGCGAUAUGUUCUAUUUUUACUUUCCUAAAGGAUAAACGGUUGGAGUACAGUGACUUUGUGAAAGAAUACCUGUAAAAGCGCACACAGCUGCUCAUUGCAUCCUUGUCAUUAUGCCUCUGCUGAAGAGAAAUGCUGUACUGCUUGAGUAUGAGUUUGUUCUUUUUGAUAUGUGAAUUUGUGAUAUAAAGUAUGCCCCCUUUUGAAUGAUUAUAGUGCACAUUGCAUAGUUUUUUGGAUUAUUAGAUGGGUGUAACUGCUCUUUUUUUCUGUGAAGAUAUUCAGCUAAAUAAAAGCCUCUGAAUUGCUGGUAUCAGUCAUGACUGAGGACCUUUAAUUUUAUGUGUAAGGAAUUUAUGCCACAGGCUUUGAUGGAGGAGACAGUCAUUCCUGAGGCAGAUGGCACGAGCUACAAGAGAAUCAGUAAAUCAAAAAAAUGCAUGAUGCAUCUACACUCCAGUAAUAUACAGUCAGGGCUAACAAGUGAUUUUUUGCAGUGGGAAAAAGUCAAAUUGUGAAGUUACACAGAGGACAUGUCUGAAUUUAAAUGAGCUUCCAUCAGCAGGUCUAUAGGUGAUGAGAGUAGCCAACAGUUAUCUCCCAACCAAUUUGCUUCCUGCUGUGAAUCUGAUAAAAAAAUCCUUGGCUCUGCAGCGAAUUCCCUAAAAUAACGUCUCUGAGCCGCAGCCAGCGGGCUCUUUUCGCAUCCAAUAGUCUCCAGAACUCACCGAGAGCCUUUCAAAAUACUCCAGCUGCUAAAGAAACGUAACUAAUGGCGUUUCCUGGCACAUGCUAAUGAAGGCAAACUGAACCCCGUUACUCACUUGGGGCACACAGAGGUUUUAUGGAAAUGAGCUCAUGCUGCUUUGCUUUCUAUGUAACCCUUUUUAUGGGAAGUGACAUUCAUAGAAAAGUGUUUUUUUCCCCAUUGGUGUUUUCUUCUUAUUUGGUACUUUUCAUGCUGUCCGAUGUAAUAUGGUAGAUAAUUAAUAGUGUAGUUUUCUCUUUGAAGUGUACCAUGCAUGUUGCUGUCGAGCAGUCUGUAUUAAUGAGGGUGUUUUUAUGUCUGCACACAGGAAUGACUGUGAACUUCCUUGGCCUGCUGAAGAGCGCUUAGAGAGAUAAUAAUUUCCCUCUCUCUUCAUCUCUCACUAUUCUCCCAAGCGCACACGCAGCAUCACUAACAACUGGCCUUACAUAGCCAGCAGCUACAUGCCAUUUGUAGUAGUACAGCAUGGCUCAUGCUCAGAUUUCCCUCAGUGUAGCAUCAUGGAGUGUCGCCAUGGCUUAUUUAUAUACUUCAGUAAGAAUAAACUAAUUU